UCACCAUUUCCCAACGACCACAACAAACAAAACAGCGUCCCCAUCUUUUUCUCCUCUCUGUUUGCCUUUUGUUUCCAAAAUGUCUGGAUUGUGGCGAAAAGAUCCAACGGCGUCGAAACAGUAUCUCUAAUUAUGAUUUUUUUGUCUUUAAAUUAUAUUCCCACAUACAGAAUCUGAGCCGAAUCGAUCGCGAACAAGUUUCGUCGUGUUUUUCCCCGAUUUUUUUUUCUUGGUUUCGAAUCUGUUUUGAGUCGUCAAGAUCUCACCGGUUGAGCUCCUGUCAUGGUUUAUCAGUCUAGUGUCCAUAGCUAAUAUCGGCAAAGAAGAAUUUGGAGGUUUCUGACUGUGAACAUGGAGUUUGAACGGCACAACCCAGGGUAUGAAGAACAUGAUAACUCUAAUGGCGCUUUCGGUUUAGAAGUUGAGCAAGCAGAAAGGCCCAAAAGAAUCACUGAUGGUGAAAUCCAAUCAUUGGCUCAGUGGUUAAAUUAUAUGCUCCCUCAUUUGGAUAUUCCACUCCAAGCCACAGAAGAGGAGUUGAGAGCCAGCUUGAUUGAUGGAACUGCCUUGUGUAGCAUUCUGAACGAGAUGGGUCCUGGUUCAGUUGAACUGGGAGUUACUUUUGAGAGUGGAGCAGAAAAUGUGAAAAGAUUUCUGGCGGCUGUGGAUGAAAUGGGAUUGCCCACGUUUGAACUGUCAGACCUAGAGCAGGGACAUAUGGUGCCAGUUUUCCGAUGCCUUAGGGCACUUAGAUCAUGCCUUAGACAUUAUGGCGUGGAAGUGGGCUUCCAUAAUCAUUCAAGAAAAAGAUGGAAUCUUUCAGAGAGAGAAUUUCCUGAGGGCAUUACUUGUUCUCAGGGGGAUGCAUCAACAUGUGGGGAAUAUUCUUUCACAAAUGGAGAAGAUAGGCAAGGGUCUUCAAUAGAAAACAAAUUACAACCUGGCUCCCAUGCCUCUUUUGCAUCAGAUGCUAAGAUUUUGGAAUUGGUGAAAUCUAAUGGUUUAGAUGAUGCCUCAACUCAAUCAUUGUUCAGGAUAAUGAAUGGGAUUUUGGAUGAGAGGAUUGAACAAAGAAAUGAAGAUGUCACUCGGCACAUGGCAAUUAUAUUGAGAAAGGUUGUGCAAAUUGUUGAGCAACGAAUGUCAGUUCAAGCAGAGAACUCAAAAAAACAAAACAAUCUUUAUAAGGCCCGUGAUGAGAAGUACCGAUUCAGAAUAAAUGUGCUCGAGACCCUUGCAACAGGGACUACAGAAGAAAAUGAGGUUGCCAUAAAACUGCUACAGCGGCUAAAGAUUGAGAAAACCAAAAUAGAGCAGAAAGAAAAACUGGAGGAGCAGGAUUUACUUAGAUUAAAGACAGAGAAAAGUAAUUGUGAUAUUAAGAUAUCAAAACUCAAAAAAGAGCUAGAAAUGGCCAAAGCAACACAUGAAAGACAUUGCUUGCAAGUGCAAGCGCAGAGUAAAGAAACUAAAGCAGAUUUGGAGAAUAAGCUAAAGGAGCUUGAAUGGUUCCUAACAGACUCAAGGAAAAAUGUGAAAGAACUUGAGUCUUUUUCUGAAUCUAAAUAUCGGAGAUGGAAAAAGAAAGAGCAAACCUAUCAAAGCUUCAUUGAUCACCAGCUUAAAGCAUUGCAGGAAUUGAGGGCAGCUUCCGAAUCUACAAAGCAUGAAGCCUUGAAAGCAAAAAGGACUUAUGCAAAGGAAUUUAAUUAUUUUGGAUUGAAACUAAAGGGAUUAACAGAUGCCGCUGAAAAUUAUCAUGUAGUUCUCGCAGAAAACAGAAAAUUGUACAAUGAGGUCCAAGAUUUGAAAGGAAAUAUUAGAGUAUAUUGCCGGAUAAGACCAUUCCUUCGGGGCCAGAAUAAAAUGCAAACAACUAUAGAAUACAUGGGUGAAAAUGGUGAAUUGGUUGUCUCCAAUCCCUCCAAGCAAGUGAAAGAUAGCCAUAGAAUUUUCAAGUUCAACAAAGUGUUUGGUCCAGCAUCAACUCAAGAGGAGGUGUUUUUAGAUACUCAACCAUUAAUUCGCUCUGUGCUUGAUGGUUACAAUGUUUGCAUAUUCGCUUAUGGUCAAACUGGCUCCGGGAAGACUUAUACAAUGAGUGGGCCAAACAUGUCAUUGAAGGAAGAAUGGGGAGUUAACUAUCGGGCACUACAUGAUCUCUUCUUUAUCUCUGAAAGCCGACAAAGUUCUAUCUUAUAUGAAGUAGGCGUACAGAUGGUAGAGAUUUACAAUGAACAAGUGCGAGAUCUUCUCUCUAGUGAUGGUCCUCAAAAGAGACUUGGGAUUUGGAAUUCAACUCAACCAAAUGGGUUAGCUGUCCCCAAUGCAAGCUUGCACCCUGUUAAAUCUACAAAUGAUGUGUUGGAAUUGAUGAACGUUGGGUUGAUGAAUAGGGCUGUUGGAGCAACCGCUCUAAAUGACAGAAGUAGUAGAUCUCACAGUGUUCUUACUGUUCAUGUUCGUGGGUCGGACUUACGGAAUGGUUCAGUAUUGCGAGGUUGUCUGCAUUUGGUAGAUCUAGCUGGCAGUGAACGGGUGGAUCGGUCUGAAGCAACUGGAGAUAGGUUGAGGGAGGCACAGCAUAUUAAUAAAUCACUAUCAGCUCUCGGAGACGUCAUAUUUGCUCUUGCACAAAAGAGUUCACAUGUGCCAUACAGAAAUAGCAAAUUGACCCAACUACUGCAGAGUUCAUUAGGUGGUCAAGCAAAGACCCUUAUGUUUGUGCAGCUGAACCCCGAUGUUGAUUCUUAUUUAGAGACAAUAAGUACUUUAAAAUUUGCCGAGAGGGUUUCCGGUGUUGAGUUAGGCGCGGCUCGGAGCAACAAAGAAGGAAGAGAAAUUAAAGAACUUAUGGAGCAGGUCGCAUUACUCAAGGACACAGUUGCAAGGAAGGACGAAGAGAUCGAUCGGCUGCUGCUGCCUAAGAGUACUGCCAAUGGUGUUAAGCAUAGUUUGUACUCACUUAGGUACGGAUCUUCCUCACCAAGAAGACAGUCCGUAGGAACUCCUAGACAAACCCCUAGACUGUUGGGAGGGAAAGGCUCGGGGCCCAGUGAGAAAGCAGCUUCAGAUAUGGACAACUGCUCAGAGUAUAGUGAUAAGCAUUCUGAGGAUAAUUCUCAGCAGACAAUGGAUGAUUUUAAACGUCAAAAGGAAUCUCUUCCCCAUUCAAAGUCUAUGGAUGACUUUAGACCUUCGGGAGAAGUUCUGCUUCGGUCAAAGCUUGUUGAAGGAGAUGUGGGUCAGACUUCUACUGAAGACAUUGAACUCCUGGGCUUUGGGGAAGCAGACUCUGAUGAAAGGUUGAGUGACAUAUCAGACAGUGGUCUUUCAAUGGGGACUGAAACUGAUGGUUCAAUAGGCAGUGUUGUGGAGUUCACUCUUUUUCCGGAGAAGCCAGCUGAGAAAGCCAAGAACACAGAGAAGCCCUAUGAUCCAUCGAAACUUCCAAAGCCCCCGCAAAAGGUUGUGCAAACAAAGCCUUCUCGAUUGUCCUCAACAAGGGCCUCUUCAUCCAAGGUUCCAUCAAGUUUGAGGAAAACUACACCCAGAAGUUCCUCUUUGACAAAGUCUGUUAAAAGAUGACAGUAAAUCAAAGACACUUGGUUGGUAUUUGGUAAUAGAAUUCGUGGAAGCAGUAUAGUUUGUAGCUCCUAACUACACUAUUUUCAGCUCUAAUCCGGUCUUGGCUUCAGUUAUCUCAUAUUCUCAUCGGAAACUCUGACUGGAAAGGAUGAUUUGGGAAGUUCUCACUUUGUAAAUUAUGCAUGAAAGCAUUGUAGUUAUAACUAACACCAUGGGCACGUUUUGUUUUGGCGCUCCAGUUGAUUAUACUUUGAAAUGGUAUUAAAUUAACCGUAGUGCACCACUCUUUGGUGAUUCUGCCUCUUUUAAACUAGAUUUCUCUUUGGUCCAAGCGGCCAUUCGUUACUGCAGAUUCAACUUGAAACUUGAGUUGCUGAACUAUGUAAUUUCUUUUAUUUUGGCUUUU